AUGCACUGUCAAGCCGAGUUGAGGCUCUCCUCCCCUGGGCAGCUGAAAGCUGCCAGGCGGCGCUACAAGACUUUCAUGAUUGACGAGAUCCUCUCGAAGGAGACAUGUGAUUAUUUUGAGAAACUCUCUCUCUACUCGGUGUGUCCUUCACUCAUUGUUCGACCAAAGCCUCUUCAUUCGUGUUCGGGCUCCUCGUCACUACGUGCCUACCCGCUCCUCUCAGUGAUCACGAGGCAGCCGCCCAACCUGCCUGCUCACGUCCCGCAGCCGUCCUCUCCGGGCGCUGCCCAUCCACAUCUGCCACUGCUUUCCCCACAGCAUCCCAGAGGCUCCGAGCCGUCACCCAGCCAGACGCCCCUCAGUAUCAGCAGCGAGUCGGAGACUGAGCGCAGCACACCCCGCCUGAAGAAGCCACGUCGCAGCCGUACUAUUUUUACUGAGCUGCAACUGAUGGGCCUGGAGAAGAAGUUCCAGAAGCAGAAGUACUUGUCCACUCCUGAUAGGUUAGACCUGGCACAGUCGCUUGGUCUCACACAGCUUCAGGUGAAGACAUGGUACCAAAACAGGCGUAUGAAGUGGAAGAAAAUGGUGCUCAAAGGAGGUCACGAGGCUCCGACUAAGCCCAAGGGAAGACCCAAGAAGAACUCCAUUCCCACCACGGAGGAAAUAGAGGCUGAAGAGCGGCGACUGAAAAUUGAAGAAGAGGAGAGGAUGAGGAGAUUAGCUGAGAAAGCAGCGGUGGUGCAGAGUGGAGGAGAAGCACCCCAACUGGAACCUCAAGAUCUCAGUUCGGAAAGUCACAAUCUAGCCGGAGCAGUGGAGGGAUCCGAGCGAGAGCUGCCACUCCUUAUGUCAGAAACUCACACAGCCAGCUAAGCAAGAACAAACCAAAGACUAAUGCCAACCUGAAAACAAAUAGUGCCUCAGGAUCACUGUAAAAAAGCCUGUGUGGUAUUAAGAGCCAGUUGCUUUAGCUAUAUCGUCGGCUUCACGUUAGUGGCCUAGAGCUUUUACCCAGUGUAGCAUUGAGUUUUUCGUUCACUGGAAAUUGUGCCAUACUGAGAGCAAAUCUCCAUAAAUACUGAUUGCACUGGUAAACCUUUUGCCUUCAGCCUGCAGCGUAAGGAGUAGUUAUCAAAAAAAAAAAAAAAAGGUCGGUUCGGCCUUAACGUGUAUCUCAGCAGUCAUCGUUGGUGCCAAAAUAUCAACCAAUGCCUUAUUAAAAGGUGUCUAUGAAUCUUUGUAUUAUACAUUACUUCACUGCCAAAACUCUGUAAUAUGAAACGGUUACAGUGCCUUCUCGGUCUCAGAGGAAAGC